AUGCUUUGCAUUUUAAUUGAUGUUGUAACUAACACCCCUUUUGGAUUUACAAAUGAAACAGUAUUCUACUCAAAAAUACUAUUGAGCUCUUUUUUCUUUGGAAUCUUGAUUACAAUCUGGAUUUUUACCAACAAAGAUGAUGGGAUCAUAUUCUUAACAUUCACAAUAUUUUUACCAGUAAAUUAUAAUAAUUUUAUAGAUAAUUUUUGCAGCCAAUUAAACUGUUUUUAGUAACUAUUUUGAAUAAUAGAGUUUGAAAUUCUGUGAAUUUAUCGAUUGUACUUUGAGCGAAGAGCCCUUAGAAUAUUUAUUAUUGCUCUCUCAUCCUUUAACUAUGACUCAAACAAGCAUUUGCUAAACUUUAAAAUUAUUAAAUAUUCAUUGUAAUAACUGCAAGGAUUUGUAAUGCCCUUGUAAUUAAAGCUUAUCUAAAUUCGUAUUAUCUCAUGGUCCUUUCGAUAAUGAUAAACUAUACAUUUGGAUACAAUAUUAGUUUUAAAAAUUAAUUAAAAUAUCAAUGAGAAAAGAGUAUUCAAUUGAAAAUUUUGAAUAGUUAACAAUAAAGUUUUCUACUUUUCUUUAAAAAUAUAGAGAGAAUUCAUAUCUAUCUUAUAAAAGCAUUUAGGAUAUUGUUAUUAAUUUUAAUAGAUCUUAAAAGAAUAGUUAAUAAUAUCCAUAAUUUUUUAUAAGUUUAACAAAAAAAAUUUAAUCUGAUACAAAAUAGGAGUUAGAACAAAUAAAUCGUUCAAAUUUUGUGAUAACAAAAACUGAAUUUAAAACAUUAUAAGAUUUAAAUUUAUUCUUUUGUUAUGAAAAUGAUUUGAUGACAAAAAUUAGAUAACAAGUUUAUUAUUGUAAAGAAUUUUGGAUCCUCUACUAAAAUGGUACUCUUAAAGAUUUUAAUGCUUUACUGAUAUAAUCAAAAAGAAUAUUAAAUUAAAUUGAGAAAGUUUAGUAAAUUUAUAAGAUAUUUUUGUAAAAUAGAGAAGAUCCAUAAUAUGAAAACCUUUUGACUCUUCGAAUUAAUUUACUAAUUUCAAUCACUUGUUUGGAUGAUUUACAAACUUAAUUAAAAAAGGCUGAUAGGCUCUAAGUUGUCUAAAGGGAAUCCUUAUAUUCAUCAAAGUAAUAAUUUCAUAUUUUAAAAUACAUUAAUAAUGAAGCUAUUUCAGUCGCAUCUCUGGUCUCAUUUUAAUCAUUCGGAAUGAUUGAUUUAAAGAUUUCAAAUAAUUUUAAACAAUUUUUUGGUUAUGAUGAUAAUGAUUAAAUCACUUAAAUUAGUCAUUUGCUACCAACUUAAAUAGGUGACAUUCAUGAUGGAUUGGUUGAAAACUUUUUAAUGGUGGGAUAAAGUUCUAAAAUUUACAAUUCUCAAGAAUCGUUUAUAAAGAAUAAAAAUAACUUUAUUGAGAAUAUCACAAUGUGUUUGACUAUUUCAUUGCCAUUAUAAGCUGAUAUUCAUUAUUUUUUAAUAAUAUCACAUUUAUUAAAAUAAUUCACCCUAGAAAAAAAAAAUCAAGAUUCUUUAGAAAAAGGCUAUUUGUUAGUUGAUGUUAACUUUUAAGUUUUUGGAAUUAGUGAAAGCAUUUUUAAGAAGGUUACUUAAUUUUCAUAAAAUGAUAGAAUCAAUCUAGAUUAAAUUUAAUAAAAAUUGAUAGUAUUUUAAUUGAUUCCUGAUCUCUUUGUAAAGAUGCAAGAAUACUACAAAAUCAAAUAACUUCAAAAUGCCAAUCUAACAAAUUAGGAGGUACUAUUCUUUAAACAUGGUGGAUCAUUUCAAAUUCCCAAUAAAUAAAUCUUUAAUAAUAAUAAUUCAGAAGAGAAAAUUAAAAAGAAAAAGAAAAAAAAAAAUAAUUUGCUUACCAAUAAAAUAAUUAUAAACAACCUAAAUAAAAUUGAAAAAUAAUCCAAUUUUAAUAAUAUAAGCUAAUUUCAAUUUCCUAUAGAAUAUUCAGUUGUUUAGAAUUUAUUAAAUCCGCUGAUUAAUGGGAUUACUUCAGAUUUUUUGUAUUACAAAAUAGAAAUAGAGUAUUAAGAUGAUAUAAAUAAUGGCAAAUCAUCAUUAUAAUUUUUGCCAUCUUAUCAUGAUAUCUAAACUGAAUAGAUAAACUCGAAAAAUAAGUCUCAAAAUCAUAUUUUGUUAUAAUCAUUUGAUUCAAAGGAUGAUGAAUUUUUAAAUUAUCAAUAAGUGAUUGCAUCAUCUACAACAACCUAAAGGAAUAACAAAAAUGACUUUUUUUAUCAAGCAAAUCUUUUGAACAGUUUAUUAAAUAACAAAAGCAUACCGAAACCAAUUCUAAGUCUGAUCCUGUUAUUUAUUUGCUAAAAUCUCAUACUCCUUACUUUAAUUAUAUUUAUUGCAAUGAUGUUUUCCUAAAAAUCAAUAUUACAAUCAAAUUGCGUGAAAAUAGUUACAACAGAUUUAGAUUUUUUGGAUGCAUACUCUUAAAUGAUGUCAGGAUCAAGACAUGUAAUUUAUUAUCGUGAUUUUUAUGAAAAAAUAUCUGAUUAAAAGUUAAGGAUUGAUAAGAAUGAUGUUGAAUUUAGUCGAGAAAAUAAAUUAUUAAUAUCUUGGAAUCAUAUUAAUCUUGGUAUUACAAGAUUAAUUACUAUCUAUGAAUAAAACAGUAAAAAUUUAAAUUAGGGCUCAGAAGAUGACCUAAACAUAUCAAUAAUUAAUAGUGAUUUGAAAAGUAAAAUUGUGCAGUAAGUUUAAGAUUAGUCUACCUAUUAUUAAGUAAUGUUUUAAAUAUUUUUCAUGUCAAAAUAAACUUUCACUUAAAAUUUGUCCAACUUUUUACAAAAUUCUACUGAUCCUUACACUACAUAAAUUAGUAGAUCUUUAGUUUAUUACAAUUAUUUUGAUGUCACUUAAUUGGUCUAGGCAAAGUUAGAUACUUGCAAAAGUUACAAUUAUUAUAUCAAUGAAUAUAUUGAUAGAAUUACCGCAUAUUUCUUUAUAGGUUUGUACUUAGCAAUUUUGAUAAUUGCAAUUAUUUAGUUUAUGUUUUAUGUUUAAAUAAAAAGAUAAAUCAGUUUUUAUUUAUAAUUGUUUGUUUAAUUAGAUUGUUAAGAUUCAAUAAAAUCUUUGUAGAGGUUCGAAAAUAUUCAUAAACUAUUGAAUAAACAAUCAAUAGUUCUGAGCAAGAAGUAUUACGAGAAAAUUGUUGCUCAGACCUCUCUUUAAUAUGAUCAACUUAGAUCUAUCAAUUUUAAUAAUUAACCCAAUCUUAUUCAAACUUAAAAAUAAAAAGAAAAGUAAGUCAGAAUUGAUAAUAAUCUUUCUUAUUUUUCUCAUAUAUUUGCUCUAGUAUUGAUAACCUUAAUACCUGUCAUAUAUGCAUUAGCUUACUAAUUGUAUUAUAACAUUAUUUCAGUUAAUGUCACUCCAAUCAACAAUUCAGCAAUUUAAGCUUAAGAAAUGAGAUUGAAAUUUAUAACAACUAUCAAUAGAUAUGAUUAAUUUUUAGUCAAAUCUUACUUUGAAUCUUAUUGUAAAUUAUCAUAAUCUGACUCUUCAUAUAAGUGCUCAUUCAAUAACAUCUAUUCUGAUAAUCAAAUUUUAUAGUAAAUAGAGAUGAAUGAAACAAUUAUUUAGGAAGAAUUAAACACUUUUUAAUAAUUAGACUUUUCUAAUUUUUUUUUCAAUACAAUAAAUUCAAAUUCAUUCAAUUCAGAAGAAAAAUAAUCUAUAUUAUCUAAAGACACAUGCUUAUUAACAAAUUGUGAUAUGAAGAAAGAUAUAUUUUAAGAAAGGUUGUUUUAGGAAAAUUUAAACUCAUAUUUCUUCUAAGGAAUAAUCAAACUUCAUCAAAUUGUUUCUUCCCUCUACCUUUAAUUUAAUUUGAUAUAUUAGAAUCUUAAUACUCCUGAGGAAAAAUUAAAUGCAAUACAAGAUAUUAUGGAAGAAAAUGAUUAUCUAAUAUAUAUCCUAUGGGGAUUGGAUGCUAUUUAAUAUCAAAUUUCAGAAUUUUCUCAAUAUUUUGUUAAUACUUCAUUAACAACACUAAAUGACUUUACUGCAAACAUGUUAGUUAAUGUAAUAUAAAGUGGUAUUGGGAUGCUAUUGAUGGUAGGGGCAAUUUAAAUUAUUUUCAUUCAGAUUUUAUUGAAGAAAUAGAUUAUUGCAAAAUAAUUAUUUAAAAUAGUUCCAUUAUAAAUCAUUUUUUAGAAAAACAUAUAAAGGUAGUUAACCGUAUAUUAAAGAAAGUUAUAGAAGUGA